AAGGACCUGCCGCGCUGGUGCCACAAGACAGGCAGAGCACACAAGGGAGAAGAAAUGCAAUCAGAGCAUCUGAGGAAAAGUGAGGCGUCAUUACUAAGGAAGACAGAAGCUGAAAGAAAAACUAUCAUCCAGGAGUGGAAGGAGUUGCGAAGGUUUCUUGAAGAGCAAGAAAAACUCAUGCUGAGGAGACUGGAAGAGCUGGAUAGAGACAUUGUUGCAAGGGAAGAUGAGAGGGCUUCAGCAGACUCCCAGAAAACUUUGCCACCCAAUAAGGGCAGAAAAGGAGACCGAAGUCGACCUGUGAUGAGCAUUAGAAGGACUGAGAACAGGAAGCAUGGGAUAUUUCCUAUUUCUGAAAGAGGUUUUGUGGAGCUUCAGGAGAGGAUAAACCAUUUCUCUGAGAAGAGGAUUACCCUGCAGGAGGUGCUGCUGGCAUUUAAAGAAAUAUUGCAGCUGGAGCUGGGGAAUGAUGCAGGCCCAACUUUCUUAUUUGGCAGUCUAGGAGGGACAUCAUUCUACUCUGGACUUCUCCAUUCUUGCAAAAGGCGUGGAGGCAAAAUGGCUAUGUUCGAGCUAGUUCAGGAGCCUGUGUCCUUUGAGGAGGUGGCUGUAUAUUUCACUGAGGGGGAGUGGGCUCUCCUGGACCCCCCUCAGAAAGCAUUAUACAGAGAAGUUAUGCAGGAGAAUUAUGAAAAUAUGACUUCAUUGGUUCUUUCCCUCACCAAGUCGGAUGGAUUCUCCCGGGUAGAGGAACGGGAAGAGACAAUCUUCCAGGCUCUACAGUCUCAAGAAUCUGAGGAAAGGAACAAUUGUGAAGUGACCAGUAAAGAGCAUGAUGGGCACGAGAAGACAAAUGAAGAGGAUUUACUGCCAGAAAAUUCUGAACAAGGUAGACUUCAAGAGAUCUCUUUUAGAAGAAGUGAAGCAAAAGAGCUCCAGGAUUUUGAUAGGGGAGACACUUCUCAGCAUCCACGCAGGUCAGAAAGGUUUUUCCUUCCAUCCCUUAUUCCCCCAGAGCAUGAUGGGCACAAGAAGACAAAUGAAGAGGAUUUACUGCCAGAAAAUUCUGAACAAGGUAGACUUCAAGAGAUCUCUUUUAGAAGAAGUGAAGCAAAAGAGCUCCAGGAUUGUGAUAGGGGAGACACUUCUCAGCAUCCCCGCAGGUCAGAAAGGCAGCAGAAAAUUGAACAAAGGACCAGACUGGAGAAACCAGUCCCUUUUCAGGGUGGCUGUCAGGAGAUUGGCAAAACCACAGUUCCAAAGAGGAUCUGCCAAGGCAGGAAGCAAUUGCUGUGCACCAGAUGUGGGAAAAUAUUUAAUCAAAGUGUCCUUCUUCUGAAGCAUAAGAGAACCCAUACAAGAAUGAAGCCGUGUCAGUGCUCAGACUGUGGGAAAAUCUUCAGCCAGAGGUCCCACCUUAAUAAACACAGCAGAACCCACAGGAAAGAGAAACGGUUUGAAUGUUUGGACUGUGGGAAAACUUUCCAUCGGAGUUCCCACCUUGCUUCCCAUCGAGGAAUCCACGUGGGACUCAAACCAUACAAGUGUACAGAUUGUGGGAAGAGCUUCCGUCGGAGACCUGACUUUAGGAGACACCAGAAAAUCCACACAGGAGAGAAGCUGCAUCAGUGCUUGGAUUGUGGAAAAAGUUUUCUUCUGAACUCAAGCCUUAUUAAACAUGAGAGAAUCCAUACGGGAGAGAAGCCAUAUAAAUGUUCUGACUGCAGUAAAAGUUUCAGUCAGAGGUCUCAUCUUAUUGUGCACAAGAGAACCCACACAAAAGACAGGCCAUACAAAUGUUUGUUCUGUGGACACGGCUUUAGUCAGAAAGUACAUCUUACUUCACAUCAGAGAAGAUGCAAGAAAAACACAGAACAUAUGGGAAAGAAAUCCUAUACAUGCUCUGACUGUGGCAAAAGCUUUAAACUCAGCUCUGCAUGUAUGAAACACGAGAAGAGCCACGAAAAACAUUUGGAUGCUUGGACUGCGGGGAAACGUCCUCUACGAGCUCGCACUUUGCAUCACACUGAAAAAUCUAUGCAGGAGCCAAGCCGUAGCAAUGCACAGAGAGUGAGAAAAGCUGCAGUGUGAGGAGGUUUUUUUUUUAGGAAAACAUAAGGAAAAACCUCUUGAGAUAAAAAGGGCCAAAACAGACAUGAUGUGGGACAGCUGUCAUUGGCUCUCAAUAUAUUUUUACUUGAAAGCAUCUACACGGGGUGGAGAAGGCUCAAGACUUGUUAGAUCAGUAAAAUUAUGUGUGUGUGUGUGCGGGGAAGGGUUAAACUCCCCAAGCACUAUUACUGGGAUCUAGUUUGAGGCGUCCUCUGGUGAUUUUAGGUUAAAACAAGUAUGGGCCUGCAACAAAAUGUUGGAGUUUAUCCCUGCUGUGCAUCUGUGAGCCAGUGUGGUGUAGUGGUUAGAGUGCUGGACUAGGACUGGGGAGACCUGAGUUUAAAUCCCCAUUCAGCCGUGAAACUAGCUGGGUGACUCUGGGCCAGUCACUUCUCUCUCAGCCUAACCUACUUCACAGGGUUGUUGUGAGGAGAAACUCAAGUAUGUAGUACACCACUCUGGGCUCCUUGGAGGAAGAGCGGGAUAUAAAUGUCAAAAUAACAAUAAUAAUAAUAAUCUGUUAACUGAGUCUGUGCCUGAGCAUGGUAAAAGUUUUAGGCACCUUUCCCCCUCAGAAACAGAAGAGGUUGUGACUGUCUUGAGGGAGUACUCUUCAAGCUGAGAAAUUUCCUGCUUCCUCCCCCCCGGACCCCUCCUCCCCACCGCCACUGAGUUCCAUUAGUUCUGCCCCUGUUAACUGCCCAUUGAGUCCACAGACAUUCUGGUGGCUGCUGUGUAAGGGCAAAUGGGCACAGCCUUCCCUAAAGCUCUCCACCUGCAGCUGCAAUGUUACCCACCUAACUAUGAGGUUAUCCACACACGCAACAGAAACCAGGCUAAGGGAGCCCAACCCGGUUUCUGCUGCACCUGUGACUACAAGGUGGCAAACCCGCCUAUGUCGCCUCCCUGUUAAACCAGGUUAGGAGAGAGAGCUCCUAACCUCAUUUUUCUGGUCGUGUGUUUGCUCGCAGCCAUGGUGUGUACACUCAGGGGUGGAGGGAGGCUCCCAGUAACGCACCACACACUCACGCAGUGCAUUAUUGGGGCUCCAGGGGGCAGGGUGCCUCAUGGCGGUGCUUCCCUGCGCCCCACCUCCAGAGCGCCUGAGUGACGCGCAGACGGCCUACAGAAGAGCCGCCGCUCAUCUGGGUGGGCA